UGGAGACGCUCCCUAACUUGUUGUCACACUCCCCAUGUCUGAAAGGAUUUCUUUACUAUCUGGUGACCACACUGGUUCACUUGAGAUUGAUAGGUAUAUUUCGAGCUUGCAUCAAGUCUAGAUAGUAUAACACUUUUAUGGCUAUUGUGUUUUUGUGAUACUUCCCCAUAGGAUAUUAAUUUACGACACGCAGCAAAGUGAGUGGCUCCUAGCAACCAGUCAUACAAAUUCGUCUUAUUUCGCAGACCGAGAUGAAAAGGAACGGUGCGUACAGAUUCCUAUCGGUUUUCUCCUGCUUUAUAGUUUGCGUGUUUCUGUUCUUGUUUUGGUUUUUCAUCUUUUACUCCAUGGUUCUUGCUCCGUAAAACAUUGAGGAAGCAAAGAGCUAUGCUAAAAGUUGACGUUUAGCCAUUACCCACGAUGCCGUGCUUUAUUGACAAGUCCUCCCAUCACAUGACCACCUGCAACAGGAAGUAGCAGCUGAGGUUUUUGUUGAAGUUUUACCAUAGAAGUUCUGAUGGCAUCUGACACCAGCGGAGCGUCCUCCUCCUCAGACCUCAAGCUGCAGUUUGCACCGUUCAGCAGUGCUUUGGAGGCAGGUUUUUGGCACCAGCUCACCCAGAAGAAGCUCAAUGAUUAUAGACUGGAUGAGAGCCCCAAGUGUAUCAAAGGAUACUAUUACAAUGGUGACCCUGUGGGCUUGCCCACUCGUUUGACUUUGGAGUUCAGUGCAUUUGAUGUUGAUGGUCCGACUCCGGCUCGUUGUUGCCCAGCUCUUGGUACGCUGUAUAACACCAACACACUUGAUGCCUUUAGGGCCACGGAUAAGAAGGCCCUGCUGGAAAAAGAGGCCAAAGAGAUAUGGGAUGCCAUUCAGUCCGGGGCUGCCCUUAAGAACCCAUCUAUCCUCUGCAAAUUCAUUCUAUUGACCUUUGCGGACCUGAAGAAAUACCAUUUCUACUACUGGUUCUGUUUCCCAGCACUUUGUUUCCCUGAGGGUUUGAAAAUGAUCCAGCCACCUGUUACCCUAGAGCAAGUUUUCUCACAGAGACAGAUCUCAGCCCUGCAGGAAUCCUAUGAUGGCCUGUGUUUAAAAAGUGGCAUCACUGCUGUUCCUUUCUUCCUGAUGAAAUACACUGAGGACACUGUUGAGAUGACUCUGCUUGAGGACUGGAAGACAUUUUUCACUGAUACUAAGAAGGUCACCGUGGGCGUCUAUGAUCCUUGUACUUUGUCCCAACAUCCGGGUUGGCCUCUGAGAAAUCUCUUGGUCCUCUUGGCAAAGCAAUGGGGUUCUGAGGUGGAAGUGGUGGAACUGCUGUGUUUCAGAGACCAAACUCUGCAGGGAAACCGCUCCAUAAAACACAGCGUCGUGUUCCAGGUCAUGCUACCAGAGCUUCCCAACAACUCUGUGUGUCUUAAAAGUGUUGGAUGGGAGAAGAACCCAAAGGGGGCAAUGGGACCACGAAUGGUAAACCUGAGUGAAUGCAUGGACCCUAAAAGACUUGCAGAGUCAUCAGUGGACCUGAAUCUUAAACUGAUGAGGUGGAGGCUGGUUCCGUCUUUGGAUUUGGACAAAGUUGUCAGCACAAAGUGUCUUCUUCUUGGUGCUGGUACACUGGGCUGCCUGUACCCAGGAACCCCCCAAAGUGCUGAAAUGGCUGGCGCCUUGUCUUCCCCUGCUGUGCAGUCCCCACAGGCCCUGUCCAGUGCUGAACCUGAGGAGCCUCGUAUGGGCGCUGUUGAAGGAAUUGGGUUCCUGUCUGAAGUGCUGGUUAAUGGCAAAGGUUUGCUGUCUGUGUUCCAGGGCUGGGGAGUGAGACACAUCACUUUUGUUGACAAUGCAAACAUCUCGUACUCCAAUCCAGUUCGACAACCGCUUUAUGAGUUUGAGGACUGCCUCGGAGGAGGAAAAUCAAAAGCUAUGGCAGCUGUUGACCGCCUCAACAAAAUUUUCCCGGGUGUGAAUGCAGAGGGCUACAAUAUGAGCAUCCCAAUGCCUGGACACCCCGUGAAUUUCUCUCAGGCCACUCUCUCUCAGGCCCAAAAAGAUGUGGAGCAGCUGGAGAAGCUCAUUUCCGAACAUGAUGUGGUGUUUUUACUCAUGGACACCAGGGAGAGCCGCUGGCUGCCCACUGUCAUAGCUGCCAGCAAGAGAAAGCUGGUGGUGAAUGCUGCUUUGGGCUUCGACACGUUCGUUGUGAUGCGGCAUGGCCUGAAGAAACCCCAUGUCAGCCAGAGUGUUUCCACGGGAACAGACUCCUCUGCUUCUGCUUCCUCUGCUUCCUCAUCAUCCUCUACUCCAGCUGGAUCUGCCCCCAGUGUCCCAGGAUCCUCCCUCUUCUCCAACAUACCAGGGCACAAGUUGGGCUGCUACUUCUGCAAUGAUGUUGUUGCACCAGGAGAUUCCACGAGGGAUCGGACCUUGGAUCAGCAGUGCACUGUCAGCAGACCAGGCCUUGCCAUGAUUGCUGGAGCCCUGGCUGUGGAGCUGAUGGUGUCCAUUCUUCAGCACAGUGAAGGGGGCUAUGCUGUGGCCAGCAGCAGUGACGACAGAAUGAACGAACCUCCAACCUCUCUCGGUCUUGUACCUCAUCAGAUCCGAGGAUUUCUGUCAAGGUUUGACAAUGUCCUGCCUGCCAGCCUGGCCUUCGAUAAAUGCACUGCCUGCUCACCAGUUGUCCUGGACCACUAUGAGAGGGAAGGUUUCAGCUUUCUCUCCCAGGUUUUUAAUUCCUCCCACUCAUUUCUGGAAGACCUGACAGGACUGACUCUGCUGCACCAGGAGACACAGGCUGCAGAGAUUUGGGACAUGAGCGAUGAUGAGAGCAUCUAAAGGCUUGCAGCAGAAAGAUUUCACUCCAAAAUACUCCUUCACAUCAAACAUCGUGCUCUUUAUUUUGGGCAGAAGGCGCAUCUUUAGGCCCAAGUGGUAAUACUAACAAAAAAUGGAACCAAACGGAGCUUGAAUUUCUUCUAAUGUCUACAACAAUGUAUGUUUGCAUCAUUUAAUAUUUUUCAAAGUCGUAAAAUGCCAUAAGGCCAUCACCCUAAUAUACAUGCUUCAUCUGUCAGUGAGGUUUAACAUGUUUAUUCAGCUUGAAAAAAGUUUCAGGUGUAAAAAAAAAAAAAAAAAG